GUAUGGCCUUAUUCCGAUAACUUUAUAAGACUCGUGCUGCUACCCCUCUGACAAUUUCUUUGUGCGUAGGCAAUUUGCACUCAUGUAGCUCGAUGUCGAGAAGUGUGUAAAAAGUUUUUUUCUUUAUAAUUUGUACAAAAAAAAGAAAAAAAGAAAGAAAAAGAAAAAGGUCAAACGUACAUCGCCUUUCUGUUAUUGAUUUAUAACAUCACAAUUUUUGUAAAUAGCAAGUUUUAAGUCUUUUAAUUAACGACCAAUAUGACUAUAUCCUUUAGUAAAUGCAUAAUUCCGACUGUGAUUUUACUUGUGUCGAUACUAUUAUGCUGUCAUAGUAUCGACAACCUAGAGGAUUGUACGUGUGAAGAGAAAACCCAGUGUCAGCGCGUACCAGAUGGAGUUCAUCUGAAACACGAAGGAAAGGAGGUGUAUGUUAUGUCAGAUGAUCAUAAUGAACCAAGGAAAACCUGGAAGGAUUGGAAUUGGUCAUUAAUAUCCAGUGUAAUCAGUGUAGAUGAACCAGAUCCUACCUUAAUGUGCUAUACUCAUUUAAAAGGACGAAGAUAUGGCUAUACUGGUAAACUUCAUGAAGAAUCUCUUCAGGAGGAAAAUGAAAUUAAGUUAUGGAUACAAAAAGAGAAAAAUAAAGUAGCUAAGUACUUCACAGAUAUCUAUUUACUAGAUAUGCUUCAGCUGACUUCAUCAGACUUGACUGCAGAAAACGUGACUGUGAUUACCGGUGUGAUAUCAGAAUUGAAAUCUAAUUUGGUUUCCAUUUCUUCUGAUAUAUCUCUUCUGUGCCUUAUCAAUUGGUUCCCACCUUGUCGUGAAUAUCAGUGCCAAUUUAUAACGAAAAUGCUUAGUGUGUGUGAUAAAUUUAUGCUUAAUGCUGAAAGCUUUCUAAAUAAUGAAGAAACUCAUUGUUUGGCUCAAGCCGCUGUUCCAAUUACUAAACUACACCUUGGUUUUGAUGAAUAUAUGGUCAGUGGUGUUUCUCCUCAAAAAUUUAUUUUGAGUGUACCAUGGCAUGGCUACAUCUAUGACUGUGAUAUUUUUAAACCCAAAGGAAAUGGUUCUCUUUAUGACCAAUGUUUUAUGAGAAAGAAAAAUGGGUCACAGACAUGUGAUUAUGAACAUUGUCGCCAAAAAAUAAAUAUGAAUAAAAUGGCUGAGAAUUAUAUGAAAUAUGAACGUGACAAUACCUGGAAUACUGUUUAUUUGGCUCCAUAUUUUAAUAUUAAGGUAACUUCUGGGAAAUUCAAACAGAUAUGGUUUGAAGACUACAGAAGCCUAAACCAUAAAUACGCAUAUAUAAGAACUAUGAAUGUUAGUGGUGUAGCCCUAUGGAGUGGAAAUGAUUUACAACAUAGCUCUUCAAGCUGGUAUGAAGGCUAUAAUAAAGUGAUGUGGGGCUGGUUAGCUCAUCAAGCAUUAAUGCAGCCUAAGAAAGACAAUUCAUUUGAAGAUCUUAAAAAACUUCCACAAACUAUGGCUGGCAUUGGAAUCGGUUGUGUUCUCAUUGGUGGAAUUCUUGGUUUCAUUUUUGGCUGGGGAGUUUUUCGACGUACUCACAAAAGAAACAGAAGGCAGCCUUUUGAUAAAGAUAUGGUUUACAUGGAGGAAGAUCAAAACUUGUGAAAACUGAUAAAAUUAAUCAAACAUUUUUAUAACAAUGUAAUUUUUUAAAAACUUGAUGUUUUGUCACAUAUAUGCUAUUUUUGUUCAUUCGUUUUACUAUAAAUUAGCUCCUUACAAAUAUUUUUUAUUGUUGUAAGAAAGGAAACUUUAGAUCUGUCCAUUUAUUAUCUCAUUCUAGAUGACAGUUGUGCUAAGUUAUUGAAAUUGCUCAUUGUGUUGUAUUUGAUAACUAUUCUCUUUCAAUGUCUAUAUUUUAUAUCUUUAAAGUUUAAAUGAGCCUUUUUGCUUUUAAAGUGUUUUGUUUAUUGUUUGCUAUUUAUUAAUGCUAUUUGUUCUACCCAUUUUUGGAUUUGUUAUGUAUUUUUUUAUAUUUGAAAGACUUUUGUAACACUGAUAUAGUUUUUAUUACCAACAUCUUCAUUCCUUAAAUUCUGACUUGUUUAACUCUUCUACUGUGGAAAUCAGAUAUAUUCCACUCAAAAUUUCAUUACCUUUAACUGCAGAAAGCAGUUUUAUAUACCAAUCUAUCUUUGUUAAUGAAUGUCAUGUUUGAAACUAUUUUUAGUUGAGAUAUGUUGAGUUUAUUGAGGCAAUGUGACUUGCGGAGAACACCAGUUCUAUUUUUUGGAAGAUAUUAACAUCAUUACUGGAAUAACCAUGAAAUUUAAUUUUGCAUUAAAGAGUUAAUAUUUGUGUUUCAAUAAGAAAUUGAAUCCAAAUAUUUUUACAUAGAAAUAACAGAAUCCAAUUCAAAUUAUAUAAAUAAUUGUGUACAAUAUUUCUAUCAUCAUUUCAUAAAAUGUAAAUUGUACAUUUUCCAAAAUUGAGAGGUCUAUUUUUUUUUAAAUCUCAGUUUUUAAAAAUUAUAUGGAAAUGAAAUAUAUAAACACUUUGUCUGUCUGUCUGUCUCUGUCUGUCUGUCUCUGUCUGUCUGUCUCUGUCUGUCUGUCUCUGUCUGCCUGUUUGUCUGCUUCUCUGCUUGCCUGCCUACUUGCCUCCCUGUCUGUCUCUCUGUUUGUCUUUCUGUCAUGAUUGUUAUUUUAUGCCUGUUUUUUUUUUUUUAUACUGGCAUGGUUUUGAGGAUCCAGUGAGUCAGGGGAUCGCAUCAUGCUCCACUGUCUCUGUUUUGGCAUGGAUGUCCUUCCCAACACCAGCCAUUUUAUAAGAGUAUUGGGUGCUUUUUCUUUUUUUCAAAGUGCAAUCACUAGUGAGGUGGUCUUGCAACUUGCAAGAAGAAAGAGUCUAAAGCAGUGGUUUCCAAACUUUUUGGGGCUGCCAACCCAUUGACACACUGGUCAGAUUCUUAGUGCCCCCCAAACCACUCACCGCCACAAACAGACCAAAACAAUUGUUUUUCACAAAUAAAACUUAACCUAAUUAA